AGUCGUGCAACGAACGAGCUAGAAGGCGGACGUGCGGCUUUUUGGCUUAGAUCCCGGUGUUACGAAGUCCAUAACAAUGCCACAAACUAAAGAUCAAAAGAAGGAGAAAAAGAGAAUCGCAGAACGUAAAAGGAUGGAAAAUAUAAGAAAAGAUCCAGACAAGUAUGCUCUGUGGAAAUUAAAAAUGAAAGAAACAUAUUUGAAAAGAAAGAGAGAAGGUAAAAUCAUAUCAGUUCAGAAUUUGACACCGAAACAACAAAAAUUAGCUAGGAAGAAAAGCAGAGAAAGUACUCGAAGAUGGUAUGCUAAAAAGAAAUUAUUAAAAGAACGUGAUGUUCAUUCAGAAGAGGAAAUCAUUGACGAAUGUGAUCCAGCAGACGAUACCGAAAUAAAUGAUCCUUUAGAUUUGAAAUUACCAUCAUCUCCAGAAGUUUCGAUUAUACCAAGAUCUCCGGAUAUUCCCAGCUCAUCACAGGUAUUAACUCAGUUUUCACCACAUUCUGCACGUAUAACAAGAUCAACAAUAAGACAAAAGAGGACACUUGGAAUUGAUUUGAACCUAACAGAAAAUGAAACCGAUAUCUCAUCCAAUGCUGACGUCCAUUCGAGAAUAAUAUCGCCUUCACCAAAUACUUCGAUAUCAGAUUCACCAAGGACUCCCAGCCCACAAAGUAGCAUCACAUCGUCUCCACGACGUGUCGUCAGCCCAAAAGUUUAUAAAAAAGCUGCACGGGAAACACCUCUUAAAAAGAAAUCGCCUUGGAAACAUAUUUUACGAAAGUUUCAAUAUAGAUAUACUAAAGAAAUACAAUUGAAAGACCAAAAAAUUCUGGAACUUAAAAGAGUAAAUGAAAAUUACCGGAAAAAGGUAAAACGGUUAGAAAAAGAUAAACGGGUAACAGACGUGCAUAAAAGACAAAAGGAAAAUCUACCUGGGAAUGAAAAAAUACAGAUUGUUGUUGAACCCUGUGCUACCGGAAUUAAAGAAAAUGUCAUUAUGUAUUUUGAAGAAGAUGAAAACAGUAGAAUGUGCGCGGGAAAAAAAGAAUUUGUCACCAAAGGAAAAAUAAGAAAACAGAAGCGAUAUCUUAGCGACAGCUUGCAGAAUCUACAUAAAAAGUAUCUUGAAACCAAUCCUCAAUACAAAAUAAGCUACAGUGCAUUUUGCAAGCUUCGUCCAUUUUGGGUACGUGUACCAAACGUCAAUAUUCGUGAAACAUGUUUAUGUAAAGAUCAUGAAAAUAUGGAGUUGGUCGUUGUAGCCCUUCGGAAAAAUUAUCUGAUUGUGGAAAAAUCUGUAAAUGAGAUUCUACAAUCACUAUGUUGUGAUCCUAGGAAUGUUCACUGUCUGGCUAAGAAAUGUGAUAGUUGCAAAAAUAAGGCCAUUAAUUAUAAAGAAUUUGACAAUACCAAAGAAAUACAUUACUUUAUUUGGAACAAAGUAAAAAAAACUUAUAUCAAAGAUGGAAAAGAAAAAGCUACGCUUCAAACGAUUAAGGCAAAAGUUGCAGCGCAUCCCAAAGAUAUAAUCGAACAUUUCGAAAACCUGUUAGUACCUUAUAUGCGACACUGCGGAAAUAUUAUAACUCAAUAUAAUUAUACAAAAAAAUUGAAACAAAACCUGAAGCCUGAAGAAUGCAUCAUACAUUGCGAUUUUAGUGAAAACUAUAACACAAAAUAUGCCUCUGAGAUUCAGUCUUUCCACUUUGGCAGUUCCAGACAACAAGUAACAUUGCACACCUCUGUUAUUUAUUACAUUAAAGAUGGAAAACUGUGUAAGCAGUCAUACUGUACUAUCAGUGAAUGUUUGCGCCAUGAUGCCGUCGCAAUCUGGGAACAUUUACAGCCAAUUCUCCGAUUUCUUGAAAACGAGGUGCCGGACGUAACAACAUUUCAUUUUAUUUCGGAUUCACCAUCGGCGCAAUAUCGUAAUCGCAAAAUGUUUUACAUAAUGGCGAAAAUGCACUGGUAUUUUUCUAGUUUGCGAUUAUUAGUGUGGAAUUAUUCUGAAAAAGGACACGGGAAAGGGGAUCCUGAUGGUGUCGGAGCAGUUCUAAAACGAACUGCUGACCAAAUAGUUGCGAGAGGGAAUGACAUUCCAAACAUUGAAAUUCUUGUCAGACACCUAAAAGAACGCUGUCCAGGAGUUAUUAUAGAAGUCGUUUAUGAGUCGGGCAUAUUAGAGAAAGAUAUGCUGAUUCCCGAAAAUUUAAAGGAAUUCCGCGGGACCAUGAGAACACAUCAGGUUGUGUGGAGUGCCAAUCAACUUCAGACUUUAGCUAUGAGAGAACUUAGUUGUAGCUUGGACAAUUGUUCACAAGAAGCCAUUCAAUGUUCUCACGGUCAACACAUUGGUUUUUAUACCAUAGAAGACAUUAAUAAACAACAGAGUCACCACUCUGUUGUGUUAAACGUCAAAUCCGCGGAUAAAAGAAAUGUGACAUCGAAGAAAUCUACAUGCAGCUCUUUGAUCAAACGUAGCCAAAUAUCUGCUACCGAAAUUCAGACUAGAAAAGAUACGGAUACAACCCAACAAGACCUCGACCUUCCCGAUGACGACAGCUUUUGGAUGGAGACUUCGUCAAUCGAUGAAAGACUUAUAACUCCAAAAUUCACCAGAGAUGUCCUAUCGAACCUCCAUCAGAAAAGCGUAGAUGAUCGCUCAGAUUCUGACGAUGAGAAUAUUUUUGUGUUUAAAAAGCCUCAAUAUGAUAAGCGGACAAAAGAGUCUCACGGCAUUGUUGAAGAUAUGAUUAUUCCAUCUUCCUCCAAUUCAAGAUCUCGUCAACAAGAAAAAGGCUUUAUGGAUGAUAUUGAAAGCAGCUCCGUCCCUAGCCCAAAGCCAAGAAAAUAUUUCUUUUAGUACCUAUUUAACUUUGACCUUAUUACUUAUUAGUUAAUUAUACCUAGAAUCUUUAUUUCUUUGAAAGUUGAUAAGGAAGAUUAUUGUCAAAAAUGCCAUUUAAAGUUGAUCUCAUUUUUGUUACUUUAUUGUUAGGUAGUAAUAAAUAAACCAAUGUGAUUGGUAAUUUCAAUUAAUAAUUAAGACUGCUAUUCUCACUUUACCAUAUAAUACAAGAAUUAUUAUAAAUACUGGAGUUUAAAAAUAUUUUUACAAGAAUUAUUGUUUAAUUCACCAGAUUUUUUUCCGUGAUAUGAUCGCUGAUAAUUGUUUUCAUAAAAAAGGUUAUUGUUGUUAUUCAAAUAUGAUUAUUUUCUUAAUAC